GUAUGAAAUUGAGGGCUCACCAUUUGAUCCUUUACUGCGUAAAUUCACAGCGAUGGUGCGGGAUCAUCUGGUCUAUUUCAGUGACAGCACUGAAAAAGGAGAUGUGAGCUGUGUAACACAACACAAUGAUUGCCAGUUCCGUGCUUAUGAACAAUCGCGAGUAGAACAUGCAGUAUCAGGAAUCGUUACAGCAACUGUAAACUGGAAUCAGUUCAAAAGUAAAUUAAAUCCAGAGCAAAUUGCCACUGGGAAUGAAAUUGCCGAUUGUAUUGAUGCUUUAAAGUCAGAAUUUGAAAUACUUAAAUCAAGUUUGUUGAGUUUGACAACUACCAAAGAAGCAUUAUGGCAGAAGUAUAAACAUGCCAUUGAAAAGUGCAAGUGGUUAAUCCAUGAGAUGAAAACAAGAGGAUUGCCAGUUAGUGUCUGCCCACGUGUUUUGCUGCACACUGAUAAAGGUCCUGGAGUGUCAGUCACUAACUAUGAAGUAAAAUUUAGAGAUGCUGAAAUAGCUAGACUUUAUGAUGUGGACUGGCAGAUGAGAGUUCACUAUGCUGUCAAUGAUCCCUGCCCAGCUGAGAGGACCAAUGCUUGCAUAGGUGAUGCUCUUGCAGAUGGUGGGUCCCUUCCCUUUAAACAUUUUGAUCCAUUUGAAGGAGUCAAUCAGGAUGAUCUUGAAAAGAUUUCAACUGAAGAGUUACAUAGCCGUGAGGAACAGGCUGUCGAACAGAAUGUUUGGCACUGCUGUCAAGAAGUGUGUGAUCGCAUUGAUGAAGCACCAGGGCCACAUGGAUACAUGUCAGCCCAUGUGACACCCAGACCAGAUUUCCAGUUCUUUCAAAACACAUCUUACUUGGUACAGUACCACAAUGCAGGAACGAGGAAAGACUGUGUUCCAGGCCAUAGUUACUUCCACAAGAUAGAGCGGUUCAUGAGUGAACAUUAUGAAGAGGGUGAGAACUACAGGGAGUUUCUGAAGUUUUCAUGUCAAGGAGAGGUAGGUCGAGUUUGUUCUUUUUGUUCUGAAUGGGCUGGACCACCCAUGGGAAGAUGUCCUAAACCAUAUCCUGACCAUUCUUGCCUUCCGGAGUACCACUACCUUCCUUACCAGCAGACUUCAAAUGAAGGGCGUGAGGUAGAUGAUUGGCAACCAAGAGUGCAGUUAAAGAAACAGCAUGCCAGUGGUACAGUGGUUUUAACUGACCCUGAGAACGUUGCUGCAUUUGCGGACAAGUUCAUUGUCAAGGCAAAGUUUGUUGUCGAUCAUCUUCACCAUCUUGAAGUGAUGGAGUUUAAAAGGAAGAAGAGAAUGGAGGAAAAGGCAAGGGNAUAA